AUGGUUCUUCGGUAUCCUAUGGCCGUGGGCCUCAACAAGGGCCACAAGGUAACCAAGAACGUGAGCAAGCCCAGGCACAGCCGCCGCCGCGGGCGUCUGACCAAACACACCAAUUUCAUGCAGGACAUGAUCCAGGAGUUGUGUGGCUUUGCCUCGUACAAGCGGCGCACCAUGGAGUUGCUGAAGGUCUCCAAGGACAAACGGGCCCUCAAGUUCAUCAAGAAAAGGGUGGGGACAUACAUCCAGGCCAAGAGGAAGCGGGAGGAGCUGAGCAAUGUCCUGGCCGCCAUGCGGAAAGCUGCUGCCAAGAAAGACUGA